AUGUCUGCAUCCGAUGGUCUCGUCCCUAUCAUUAUCAACCUGGCAGGACAAACCAGGAUCAAUGAAGUGGUCCUAGCUGAUGAAAACAUUGAAUCCUUUGAAAUUCUUGCUGCCAGCUUCUACCAAAGCCUGCGUCCCACUAUUCCCGAGUUCUACCUGGAACAAGGAGAACGAACUAUCACCAAGAUGUGGGUGGAUUGGAAUCAAUCAGGCGGCAACUUCCUCCCUAUGGAGACCGAGAUCAAUGAUGGAAAUCUCCGCGCUGUCCUUCGAUUGCUUGCUGUGCGACGAGGUGUCGAUAUGAUCCGCGUGUGGCUUAAUGAGAUUGAUUAA